GUUCCGGAGAUGCUGUGCUGUUUUUUCCCACAGGUCUCGUGGUGGUGGCCUUGGUUCCCGCAAACAGAAAGAGCUGCCGACAGAACCCCCUUUCACAGCGUAUGUGGGCAAUCUACCCUUCAACACUGUUCAAGGAGACAUAGAUGCCAUCUUCAAGGAUCUCAGUGUAAGGAGUGUACGACUAGUCAGAGACAAGGAAACAGACAAAUUUAAAGGAUUUUGUUACGUGGAGUUCGAUGAGGUGGAGUCACUCAAGGAAGCUCUUACAUAUGAUGGUGCACUUUUGGGUGACCGAUCACUCCGAGUGGACAUAGCAGAAGGCAGAAAACAGGAUAAAGGUGGCUUUGGCUUCAGAAAAGGUUGCGGGCCUGAUGACAGAGGAAUGGGAGGAGGUUCCCGAGAAUCCAGAGGAGGUGGAUGGGAUCCCAGAGAUGACUUCAAUUCUGGAUUCAAAGAUGAUGACUUCUUGGGAGGCCGGGGUAGAGGAACCCGCCCUGGAGACCGGCGACCACCAGGUGCCUCAAUGGGAAGUGGUGGCACUGGUCGCUUCAGAGAUGGGCCUCCCCUUCGUGGAUCUUCCAUGGACUUCAGAGAGCCAACAGAAGAGGAAAGAGCACAGCGACCCCGGCUUCAGCUCAAACCUCGAACAGUUGCUACUCCCCUCAAUCAAGUAGCCAACCCAAACUCUGCUAUCUUCGGUGGAGCCAAGCCCCGAGAGGAAGUAGUAAAAGAGCACGACUGAGUUUGGGGUUGAGAGGGAAUGGGGAGGCGGGAAAAAAGCAAGACAGUACAGAGUGACUAGCUCUGCUGGAAUGUCAACCCUGCAGUUUACCAUUCCUGCCAUCUGGUAUUUGUCCUCUUUGAAACCGAAAAUACAGAGCUUGUGAAUGCAUGUCAGCUGUUAACAAGUGGUUUUUAGUACGUUCUUGGCUUUGCUGUAUCUAGUGCCUGCUUCGUGCUGAGUUUCCCUCUUCUGUUUCCUUCCAAGCAGCACAGUUGCCAGUGGAUAAGGCAGUGUAGCUGCUUCCACGAGGGUGGAGGUCUCUGGACAAAGGUGCUGCUUCACUUCUUCUUUUCUGGGUUUGUUUUACUUUAGAAGCACAGGUUAGACUUAGUUAUUUCCCUGUAUUGUUUCGUUUUACUUCCUCAGUGCUCCUCUUCUGACCUGCAUGUCUCGUUCUGUAUUGCUGUGGCUCUGAAGAGGAAAACUGGAGAGUCCAGAUGAGUUGAGCAGUGAAUUUGCAGUUCUAACCAAGUAGUGAAAUACCAUUUCUGACAAUUGGUGAUAGAGUUCCUGUAUGCAGCAGGGCCCCUUGCGAAACUAAGGGGGACAGCUGCCCUCACACAGGUUACCAGGAAGUAUGAAUUUAAUAGAUGCAAAUAAAACGGGCUGCCAAGAAGCCUGGUGAAGAGAUGGUGGAAUCUGUGUGGAUAAAGCAUCUGCCAGCAGACUCUCGCUGGUGGCUGUCUGUUGAUUUCAAAAUGGUGUGAUGCUACGGCUCUGAGCUCAAGGUUAGUGCUGCAAAAAUGUGCCUGUUUGAGCACAACUGCUCACUGGCUCUUUCUGCUUACUUUUUUGGGUUUUACAUGUUUGCUAAAUUUUUAAGCGAAAUUUCUACAAAUAAAAUUGACUUUUUUAUUUUUGUUUAAGGAGUGUAUACUUUGCCAUGCAGUAUGUAAUCGCCAUGAUCCCCUGUAUUUCUUUGCCCGGUGGUGUACAGUUUUAAGACCUCAGCUUUCAGAAUACCCUGAAAAUGGGCAGAUUAGAAAUCGUUCCGCUGUAGAUUCUCUUCGUGUAGAAGUCUGGGUAAAAAGGAUCUCUAAUUGCUGCAUCUCUCUCUACUUGAAGUGCUUCUUGCCAGUGUUGUGUGGGAGGAGGGAGGGGAAGCUGGAGCAAAAGGAAAGAGAUCAUUGAUGUUUGAAAACAAAACCUGGAUCUGCAGCGUGAAGUCUGGCUGUGUCCAGUGCCUGAGGAACUCGG